GACCUCAGAUGCCGGAGAAUCCAUUUGCAGUUUGUUAGCUAAGCUGCCGAAAGUUGUGUAACAAGGAAAACAAAAGGACACCGCUCCCGGGAGGACUCGUUCUUGUGCUUUGUACAGAGGGUACAACCCUCGCCUCCUCCCCCCCCCACCCAGCUCCUAAUAUUGAAUUAUCAUUCGGCAAACAUGUUUUCAUUGCCAACGACGUUUCAGCCUCAGCAGAUGAUAGUGCCCCUCAGCCAGCUCAUCAACGCCCUCCACUCUCUGAAGAACUCGGCCACGGCCUCGAUCCAGACCCUGCACAAAGACUUCAUUCCAGAGCACAGUUCACAUCUUAAUGAGCCCUGUGUGAGUCUGAGGGAUCUGGGCCUGUCCGAUAUCCACGUGAGUCAGCUGGAUGAGUUGGUCCGCAGGUUGCUGCCGACUCCAGGACCAGAAGAACCUCCCGCCGCGUCCUCGAUAUGGAGGUCGAGUCACGUUUCUGCCAACAGCUUCUUCCACAACAAGCAUGGGUUUUCACAGAGACGCUCGGGAGCUUUCGGCUCCCGCAUAUUCCACACGCAACACCACAGUCCUCUCAGAGAAGCGUGCUCCGAGCUGCAGUUGUUGCCAAUAUGGGUCCAGAGUCGGGGUUUCAAGACACUGCAAUCAAAGACCAGACGGAGAGAGUCCGCUUAUGACGGUCCGGUGGAGUCCUACACGCCAUUCUUCAUGAAGGGAUUUCUUCAGAAGGAAAAGGUACCGGAAGCACAAUCGCUGGACCAACUGACGAAACAGAAGAAUGUUCCCGUUAACCAGCAGGAAGCCUUCAAGACGGGUUUCACCGAGGGCUUCAUGAGGUCUCAGGCCUUCACCCAGAGAACACAAGACUCGCUGAGGAGAACCAGGUUGAUCCUGGUGGUCCUUUUACUUAUUGGCAUUUACGGCUUAUCGAGAAGCCCGUUCCUCUCGGGUAAAGGCUCCUUUUCUGACGCUGUGAGGUUCCGCACCACAUCUGGCCUCGACUCGGCGGUCGACCCCGUCCAGGUGAAGAACGUGACGUUCGACAGUGUCAAAGGCGUGGAUGAGGCGAAAAAUGAACUGCAAGAAGUUGUCGACUUUCUCAAGAACCCCCAGAAGUACACGGUUCUGGGUGGAAAGCUGCCGAAAGGGGUCCUCCUCGUUGGUCCGCCGGGCACGGGGAAGACUCUGUUGGCACGGGCCGUGGCCGGAGAGGCCGACGUGCCUUUCUACUACGCCUCCGGGUCCGAGUUCGACGAGAUGUUCGUGGGCGUCGGCGCGAGUCGAAUCAGGAACCUCUUCAAAGAGGCCAAAGCCAACGCGCCCUGUGUCAUCUUCAUCGAUGAGCUGGACAGCGUCGGCGGGAAGAGAGUGGAGUCUCCCAUGCAUCCCUACUCGAGACAAACCAUCAACCAGCUGCUGGCGGAAAUGGACGGGUUUAAACCGAAUGAAGGCGUCAUCGUUGUUGGCGCUACAAACUUUGCAGAGGCGUUGGAUAGCGCUCUGGUGAGGCCAGGAAGGUUUGACAUGCAGGUGACGGUCCCCCACCCCGAUGUGAAAGGACGCACUGAAAUUCUCGACUUGUACCUCUCCAAGAUCAAAAUGGACCCUGAAGUCAACGCGUCGAUUAUUGCCCGGGGCACGGUGGGCUUCUCCGGGGCCGACCUGGAGAACCUGGUCAACCAGGCCGCCCUGAAGGCCGCCAUGGACGAGAAAGACAUGGUCACAAUGAAGGACCUGGAGUUCGCUAAGGACAAGAUCAUCAUGGGCCCCGAGAGGAGGAGUGUCGAAAUCGACAAGAAGAAUAAGACCAUCACCGCCUACCACGAGUCGGGCCACGCGAUUGUUGCCUAUUACACCAAAGACGCGAUGCCCAUCAAUAAGGCCACGAUCAUGCCGAGAGGCCCGACCCUCGGCCACGUGAGCGCUCGUUAUUUCUCACACUCUUUACCGGUGACGUUCGUGGUGUCUUUUUUAAAUAUUUUAUUUCUCAAAACAACCGACGUCAAAUCCGUCCCGUCCUCCAUCCUCCAGGUGUCCAUGCUGCCAGAGAACGACCGCUGGAGCGAGACGAGAGCCCAGCUGCUCGCUCAGAUGGACGUCAGCAUGGGCGGGCGGGUGGCGGAGGAGCUCAUCUUCGGAGACGAAUACAUCACCACCGGAGCCUCCAGUGACUUCGAUGGAGCAACCAAAAUAGCAAAAUUAAUGGUAACCAGAUUCGGCAUGAGUGACAAGCUGGGCGUGAUGACCUACAGCGACGUGACCAAGCAGAGCCCCGAGACGCAAGCCAUCAUCGAGCAGGAAGUCAGGGCUUUGCUGAAUGACUCCUACGAGCGUGCCCGGCGCCUCCUGAAGACGUACAGCAAGGAGCACAAGAAGCUGGCCGACGCUCUGCUGGCGCACGAAACUCUGGAUGCCAAAGAGAUCAAGCUGGUGCUGGAGGGCAAAUCCCCCGAGAUCCAGAUCCUCCAGUAGAGGUUCCAGCCUCUCGCAUCACGUGUUCAUAUAUGACGCCGUGCGACGACGCACAGGCCUCGUCUUUCAUUCGUUUGUAGCCCUCGUUAUUAAUGUGAAGAUGACACUGAAGUGAUGAAGUUUCACCCCCGUAGAAACAUUUUUAUUUUAUUCGAAUUUGUCCUGGAGAGAAGACUUUUGGUUUCACGGUGCUUUUCAAAAGCACUCUGUGUCGUGGGACGGACAUAAGUAUUCUACUGAAGGACGUUAGAGGGGCUCUUUGUCCUUUUUACUCUCCACAUGUAUGGAUUAUAUAGUAGUUUUACGCAUCCUAUUUCAUACGAUGUCAUAUUUGGUCUUGUUACGAGGUUCUCAGGCUAAAUGCAUUCGACAAAGAUCAUGGUGAAUCGAGACGAAUGACUUCAUGUACGUCUCGUUUACGAUGUGAACACAUCGCACCUCAAUCUAGACCGUCCCGGGUCGGCUGUAGCGAGGUGCAGGUGGUACCGCUGUUCAUGUGUGAGGUUGUUCAUAUUUAUUUAAGUGCCCAAAGGUGUUCUUCCUUCUUUUGAAAUUAGCGAUAGGCCCUCAUGCCCGAUUUCAUGAGGGCACAUGUAUAUUUAUAUAUAUAUAUAUGCACAAUGUAUACGUGUAAAAGGAUUGGCUUUGUGCUUCGGUUUGUUCCUUUUUUAAAGGUCUUCGAGGAGCUCAAAUAAAGGUUAACUUUA